UGACAUGGAAAAUAAUUUUUCAUUCCAACGGGAACAGAGAGAGAGGGCUGAUACGAUACGAACCUAAGCUUACAAAAAACUAAAGAAAACCCCUAGAGAGAGAGAGAGAGAGAGAGAGAAAAUUGAGCGCACUCAACUCUCGAUCUGCAUCCAUUUCUCUCACUUGUUCGUAGAUCUCCGCUCGCGGUUUUCCGAUUUGUAUAGGUGUGGAAUCUCCCGGCGUGCAUCUUGAUUGGGGGAUUCGUAAGAUUCUGUAAUGGCGGGAUAUAUAAAGUGGGUGAACAGAUCGGCGUCGACUGCGUUCGCGCCGGACGGUGCGUAUAUCGCAGCGGGUACCAUGGCGGGGGCGGUGGAUUUGCAAUUCAGCUCCUCCGCAAAUAUCGAUAUUUUCGAGCUUGAUUUCGUGUCGGACGAUCGGCAGCUUUCGCUGGUGGGUUCUGCACCGAGUUCAGAGCGUUUCAAUCGGCUUUCGUGGCAGAAAGGGCCGGCGAAUUCUGAGGAGUAUUCUCUUGGGAUCAUAGCCGGAGGUCUCGUCGAUGGCAACAUUGGGCUUUGGAAUCCGAAGCCCCUUAUAUGUAAAAAGGGUUCUGAUACAAGUGAGAAUCCAGUUGUGGCUACUCUUUCAAGACACAAAGGACCUGUCCGUGGAUUGGAGUUUAAUUCUCUCACCCCAAACCUUCUUGCUUCUGGUGCUGAUGAUGGUGAAAUUUGUAUAUGGGAUGUCUCAAAACCAUCAGAACCAAGUCAUUUUCCUCCGCUGAAGGGUAGUGGAUCUGCAACGCAAGGUGAAAUUUCAUUUUUGUCCUGGAACAGCAAGGUUCAGCACAUACUGGCCUCUACUUCAUAUAAUGGGACAACAGUGGUGUGGGAUCUGAAGAAACAGAAACCAGUUAUAAGUUUCUCAGAUUCUGUUAGGAGGAGGUGCUCUGUUCUGCAGUGGCAUCCUGAUGUUGCUACUCAACUCAUUGUUGCUUCAGAUGAAGACGGUUCACCUUCUCUCAGGCUGUGGGAUAUGCGCAAUAUAAUGACUCCAGUGAAAGAGUUUGUUGGGCACACCAAAGGUGUAAUUGCUAUGUCAUGGUGUCCUAUUGAUAGCUCUUAUCUUCUUACCUGUGCCAAAGAUAAUCGUACAAUUUGCUGGGACACACUAAGUGGAGAGAUUGUGGCUGAAUUACCUGCUGGAACCAAUUGGAACUUUGACGUACACUGGUAUCCUAAGAUCCCUGGAGUCAUAUCAGCAUCUUCAUUCGAUGGGAAAGUUGGCAUCUAUAAUAUAGAGGGUUGUGGUAGGUAUGGUGUCGGAGAGGGUGAUUUUGGAACAGGUGGACCUUUGAGGGCUCCAAAAUGGUACAAGCGAAAAGCUGGAGUUUCAUUUGGUUUUGGAGGCAAGCUUGUAUCAUUUCAUUCUACUGAAUCUCCUUCUGGUUCGUCAGAGGUUUAUGUGCACAAUUUAGUUACAGAACAUGAUUUGGUUAGUCGAUCAUCUGAAUUUGAAACCGCACUCCGAAAUGGGGACAGAUCAGCACUGAAGCUUUUGUGUGAAAGGAAAUCUCAGGAAUCUGAGACUGAUGAAGAGAAGGAGACAUGGGGGUUCAUGAAGGUUAUGUUCAAUGAGGAUGGGACUGCAAGGUCAAAGUUGCUUUCCCAUCUUGGCUUCAGCCUUCCUGCUGAAGAAAGCAAUACUUCAGAAAAUGAUGUCUCAGAGCAACUGAGUUCACUUGCUCUUGAUGAGGGUACCACUAAUAAAGGAGUUUCUGGUUAUAAAGAAUCUGCCUUAUUUGCAACUGACAAUGGUGAGGACUUCUUCAACAACCUACCAAGUCCAAGGGCUGAGACACCUGUAGCAAAUUCGAAGAAUGAAUUUGUUGUUGGAGACUCCAGGGAAUCACAACAAGAAAUUGAUGGGCAGGAGGAGAGUUCUGAUCCUUCUUUCGAUGAUGCUGUUCAACGGGCUUUGGUGGUUGGGGACUACAAAGGGGCAGUUGCACAAUGUAUUUCUGCAAAUAGGUUGGCAGAUGCUUUGGUCAUUGCUCAUGUUGGUGGUUCUUCCUUGUGGGAGAAAACACGUGAUCAGUUCCUCAAGACUAGUCAUUCACCCUACCUAAAGGUUGUUUAUGCCAUGUUAAACAACGACCUGAUGAGCAUAGCAAAUUCCAGACCACUGAAAUCAUGGAAGGAAACGGUUGCUUUAUUUUGUACUUUUGCACAGACAGAUGAUUGGACCCUGUUAUGUGACACUCUUGCUGCUAGACUGAUGGCUGCUGGUGAUACUACCGCUGCAACACUUUGUUAUAUAUGUGCUGGAAAUAUUGACAAGACAGUGGAAAUCUGGUCAAAGAAUCUGGCUAAAGAGCAUGAAGGAAAAUCCUAUUUAGACCGCCUACAGGAUUUAAUGGAGAAGACCAUUGUAUUUGCUAUGGCCACUGGACAGAAGCGGUUUAGUGCUUCAUUAUGUAAACUAGUUGAGAAAUAUGCAGAAAUACUGGCAAGUCAAGGUCUUUUAACUACAGCGAUGGAGUACUUGAAUCUUCUUGGGACAGACGAGUUGUCCACUGAACUUACAAUCUUACGUGACCGUAUUUCUCGAUCUACCGCACAAGAGAAAGAGAUUGAGAAGACCGUGGCAUACGAUAAUAGUCAAUUGCAAACUGGUCCUACAUAUGGCAAUCAAUCAAGUUAUGGUGGCCUUGAUACCACUCAGCGUUAUUAUCCGGAUGCAACAGGAUCCCAGAUGCAGCCAUCCAUUCAAUUUGGAAGACCCAAUACUCCUCCAACAUAUCAGUCAGUUCCACAACCUAAUAUGCAGCAACAUAGCAUGUUUGUUCCUACUCCUCCGGCUUCUGUUUCAGCUCCACCUCCAAUGGGAAGCUUUAAUCCACCUCCUGUUAAUACACAGACCCCUGCAAAGUUUGUUCCUUCAAACCCUCCUUUAAUAAAGAAUGUCGAGCAAUACCAGCAGCCACCUACUUUGAGUUCUCAGUUAUAUCCAGGGGCUGCAAAUCCAAGUUAUCAAGCUGGCCCCCCAGGCAUUUCUUCAUAUGGUGCCAAUGUUCCCCACGUUGGCCAAACUCCUGGGCAAAAGAUGCCGCAGGUUUUGGCUCCUACGCCUCCAACCAGAGGAUUUACGCCAGUGAGUAGUUCAGGGUUUCAAAGACCGGGGAUGAGUCCAGUGCAACCUCCUAGUCCGACUCAGCAUCCUGUUGCUCAUCCGCCUGUUACUCCACCUGCUCCACCGCCUACUGUACAGACUGUCGAUACUUCAAAUGUUCCUGCACACCAGAAGCCUGUUAUUGCAACUUUAACAAGGCUUUUUAACGAGACGAGUGAGGCAUUGGGAGGAUCACGAGCAAAUCCAGCUAAGAAACGGGAAAUAGAAGACAACUCAAAGAAGUUGGGUGCCUUGUUUGCUAAACUAAAUAGUGGAGACAUAUCUAAAAAUGCUGCCGAAAAGCUUGUACAACUCUGUCAAGCUCUUGACAGUGGUGAUUAUGGCACUGCCCUUCAAAUCCAGGUGCUUCUCACGACAAGUGAUUGGGAUGAAUGCAACUUCUGGCUAGCAACGCUGAAAAGAAUGAUCAAAACAAGACAGAACAUCAGAUAAACUAUGGAAAUCUACCCUGCUGCCGUACCUCCAUGAUUAAGCAUCGCUUCUCUCAGUUUGUGGAAUGAAUCAACAGACAUUGUACACAAGAAUUGUCGGCAGGUUUUUUGCCUUACAAAUUGAUCUCUAUUUUACCCUACUACCUUCUUUCUUACCAUAAUUUCUUUGGGAUUCCUUUCGAGCAGUUUCAAAGUGAUGGUGUUUUGUGGAUUGUGAUAGUUACUGCCAAAUGUUCUUCACAUUAUAUUAUUUAUGUAGUUGUGAGACAUAGAUGCCAUUUCAAUUGGAGCAUACAUACACUGUUGUAAUUUCCUCUCAGACAUGAAUUUUGGAAAACCACUCUCUUUUAAAAUCA